GCGGCUGCGCCGCGGGGGAGGCAACGCAACUUCCGGUGGCUGCUGCGGGGUCAGCUCGUGGCCCGGGGACGGCGCGCGCGGCAGUGACUGUAAGCGGGCGCGAGGCGAUCGGCAGGACGCUGGUAGCAGAUUCACCGUCACCAUGGUAAGGCCGGGGCCGGGAAGCGAGCGGCGGGGCAAGGCGGCCUUGUGCCUGCGCCAGCUCCACAUGGGCCGCGAGGAGCUGUGGCUUUCUGCCGCCGUUGCCGCCCGCGGCUCCGGGCCCUCCUCCUCCUUUGUGCGGCGGCGGUGCCGCCAGUCACGGGGGCGCUGGCCCCUGCCGCGCCCGGCCUCGGGCGGAGCGCUGGCCUAGAAGUUUCUCGAGCGGCUUCCCGGAGCGCUGGCGCUGGCUCCCCAUGCGGGGCCGCUGCCUGGCCUGCGUCACGCUGGGGCCCAUGGCCACGGGGCCGCCGCCCCAUCCCACGGGAGUGAGGGGCGGGCUCUGAUGCUGUCGGGUUUGGGGCCCAUGUCCCACGUGCCUGCUGGCGAGAGGGGCAAUGACAGCUCUGGGACCGGACAGCGACAGCUCGGCAGCCGCUCUCCCACGGGGCACCAGGGGAUGCGGCUGAGGCCGGCGGCCCUUGGCAGACUCGAGGUUAGGCUUUACCUGGGGAACAGGAUCAUCCACCUCAAACGAGGUAAAAUAUGCGUAGGGGAGCUAAGUCGUUGCGUUUCUGCACAUAAGGCUCCUAGUAACUGACGGGAGUUUUCAACUCCUUGGGAAAACUAUUCCAGAAUUGGCCCAACCCUAUAUCAGAACAAUUCCCUGCGUUAAAAGUUUGCAGUGGUGCAAAAUUGAAUAUGCUGUAAAUAUCCAAACGCUCUAAUACCACUGAAUCAUUUAUGUUCCUUUUCAUCUGGUUCUGAGUUGACUCGAAGCUGCUGAAGAAUCCCGAGUUUGCUUUAGAAUGCAGCAUUCGGUGGUGUACAACUGAGUUCUAGUUUGCUGCUGAUUUCAUGGGGCCCUUGAUUAAGUUUAGAUUUCUGAUUUUAAUGGGCUAAAAGAUAUUACUGUUAUGGUGUAAUUGACAUGGGAAAGGCAAGGAAGUAAAAUUGCGAUCAUGUUAACUUGAAAACAUUGUCAUCUAAUAACUUUUAAGUUUUUAUGUUUGUUUUCAGUAAUUCCACAACAUUUUGAAAUGAGUGGCUCCAAUUUUCUGCUGGGUGCAGCAGAGCAGUGGAGAAACAAAGGUUCUGGUUUCCUAAUUUUCUGCUGGGUUCACCUUUGCCCUGGUGUAAUUAAAAGCUGGCUCCUUUAAACUACACCCACUGGUAAUGCUCCUCCAGGGCUGUUAGAAUAGCUGCAUUCACUCCAGGAAUAGGAGUAGCAGAAAGCUAGUUCACUGGCAACAAAGAUGACAUCUCAGUCAGGGAGAUCUGGUUAGUUUCCAGGCAAAUCUCUGUCACCUGUGUUCUGCAGGGCAGAACAGGGCAGCAAAUCUUAUAUUUGCUCCAUUAGUUCAUCUCAGCAAAGUUGGAGACAGCAUUUGAGUUCUUUGGUGCCCCUGAGGUAAUAAAUGUCUUUCUAAAUUAAAAGGCUCUAUAUAAUGUCAGUGAAGUGAAGAUUAAAAAAAAAAAAAAGAUUUAGAUAAAAAGUGUGUUAAAUAUCCAUUUAUUAAAAUAUACCUGGGAAUAGGGGAUAUUAAGUAUUGUAAUUCAACUAUAACAGAAACGUUAUUUAGUUUCAACUUACGUUUGUGAGGUGUUUUAAAAAUGAAGUGAUAAAGCUAAAUUACAUUAUGAUCACUAUUAUUUCAGGCAUCCCUUUCCCUAGCACCUGUGAAUAUUUUCAAGGCUGGAGCAGAUGAAGAAAAAGCAGAGACAGCUCGGUUGUCAUCCUUCAUUGGUGCUAUUGCCAUUGGAGACCUGGUUAAGAGCACUCUGGGACCUAAAGGCAUGGACAAGAUUCUUCUAAGUACUGGAAGAGAUGGCACAGUGACAGUAACCAAUGAUGGUGCAACCAUCCUAAAAUCUAUUGGAGUAGACAACCCAGCUGCCAAGGUUUUGGUUGACAUGUCGAUGGUUCAGGAUGAUGAGGUUGGUGAUGGAACUACAUCUGUAACUGUGCUGGCAGCGGAAUUACUUAGGGAGGCAGAAGCAUUAGUUGCAAAGAAGAUUCAUCCUCAAACCAUCAUUGCAGGUUGGAGAGAAGCUACAAAAGCAGCAAGAGAGGCCCUCUUGAAAUCUGCAGUGGAUCAUGGUGAUGAUGAAAUAAAGUUCCGUGAAGACUUAAUGAACAUUGCAGGGACCACGUUGUCCUCAAAACUACUUACUCAUCAUAAAGAUCACUUUACUAAACUAGCAGUGGAAGCUGUUCUUAGACUGAAAGGAUCUGGUAAUUUGGAAGCUAUCCAUAUUAUCAAGAAACUAGGUGGAAGUCUGGUAGACUCUUACUUAGAUGAAGGCUUUCUGCUAGAUAAAAAGAUUGGUGUCAACCAGCCAAAAAGAAUUGAAAAUGCAAAGAUACUUAUUGCAAACACUGGCAUGGAUACAGAUAAAAUUAAGGUCUUUGGCUCUCGUGUAAGAGUGGAUUCGACAGCAAAGGUAGCAGAAAUAGAACAAGCAGAAAAAGAAAAAAUGAAAGAGAAGGUUGAACGUAUUCUUAAGCAUGGAAUAAACUGCUUUAUUAACAGGCAACUGAUUUAUAACUACCCUGAACAGCUGUUUGGUGCUGCUGGUGUUAUGGCUAUUGAACAUGCAGACUUUGCAGGCGUAGAACGUCUGGCUCUUGUUACAGGUGGUGAAAUUGCCUCAACCUUUGAUCACCCAGAGCUAGUAAAACUAGGAAGUUGCAAGCUUAUUGAAGAGGUUCUGAUUGGAGAAGAUAAACUCAUUCAUUUCUCUGGUGUAGCUAUGGGUGAAGCUUGCACCAUAGUGCUGCGUGGAGCAACACAGCAGAUUAUAGAUGAAGCCGAAAGAUCUUUGCAUGAUGCUCUGUGUGUCCUUGCCCAAACUGUGAAAGAUACUAGAACUGUUUAUGGUGGAGGUUGCUCAGAGAUGCUGAUGGCUAAUGCUGUCACAGAGAUUGCCAAUAGAACACCAGGCAAAGAAUCUGUUGCAAUGGAGUCUUUUGCGAAGGCCUUGAGAAUGAUCCCAACCAUUAUAGCUGAUAAUGCUGGCUAUGACAGUGCAGAUUUAGUGUCUCAGCUCAGAGCUGCUCACAGUGAAGGGAAAACAACUUAUGGACUUGAUAUGAAGGAUGGUGUCAUUGGAGACAUGGCAACCCUGGGAAUAACUGAAAGCUUCCAAGUCAAGAGACAAGUUCUGCUGAGUGCAGCUGAAGCAGCAGAAAUGAUUCUUCGUGUGGAUGACAUUAUUAAAGCAGCACCAAGGAAACGUGUACCAGACCAUCGCCCAUGUUAACUGUUCAACCCAUAAGGAUGUGUGGACCAGAUCUCGCCAAGUACUUCAAACAAACAAACCCGGAGAGGUUAUGGAACAGAAAGAGUGUAUUCAUUACUGGCAUGUCAUUAUUACAUUUUCCUGAAGAUUUAACUUAUUUUGUUUUUGUGCUUUAAAAAAGGCAUUUUACAUUCAAAUAAAACAUGGGUUGUAUGAAACAUCUAUAUUCUUUUUUUCAUUUCCUAUUUCCCUCAAUAGAUCCCUGAAAUAAAGUUUCAAAUUCA